AUGGCCAGCUCAAUCACCGAGGCCGAGCAGCACGCAAAUGCUGGCACGGUCGAGCUCAAAGAUGACACUGUCAUCGUGGUGCUUGGCGCCUCUGGCGAUCUUGCCAAGAAGAAGACUUUCCCAGCUCUCUUUGGCUUGUAUCGCAACAAAUUCCUUCCCAAAGACAUCAAGAUCGUCGGCUAUGCCCGCACGAAAAUGGACCAUGCAGAGUAUUUGCGACGAGUGAAAUCUUACAUCAAGGUGCCGACAAAAGAGAUCGAGGAGCAACUCGAGAGCUUUUGCAAGCUCUGCACCUACGUUUCGGGUCAAUAUGAUCAGGAUGAGUCCUUCAAGAACCUCAAUAGGCACCUCGAGGAGAUCGAGCGAGGCCAGCAUGAGCAGAACCGAGUGUUCUACAUGGCCCUGCCACCUAGUGUCUUCAUUACGGUAUCGGAGCAACUGAAGAGGAACUGCUAUCCCAAGAAUGGAAUUGCGCGAAUCAUUGUCGAGAAACCGUUUGGCAAAGACCUCCAGAGCUCCCGGGAGCUGCAGAAGGCUUUGGAGCCUAACUGGAAGGAGGAGGAAAUCUUCCGGAUUGACCACUACCUGGGAAAGGAGAUGGUCAAGAACAUCCUCAUCCUGCGGUUCGGAAACGAAUUCUUCGGUGCUACCUGGAACCGCCAUCACAUCGACAAUGUUCAGAUCACAUUCAAAGAGCCAUUCGGCACGGAAGGGCGGGGUGGUUACUUUGAUGAGUUCGGCAUCAUUCGAGAUGUUAUGCAGAACCACCUGCUGCAGGUGUUGACGCUACUUGCCAUGGAGCGGCCGAUUUCGUUUUCUGCGGAGGAUAUCCGUGAUGAAAAGGUGCGCGUUUUGAGAGCGAUGGACGCCAUUGAGCCCAAGAAUGUCAUCAUCGGCCAAUAUGGACGGUCGCUCGAUGGCAGCAAGCCUGCCUACAAAGAGGACGACACUGUCCCCAAGGACUCUCGCUGUGCAACCUUCUGCGCCAUGGUGGCAUACAUCAAGAACGAGCGAUGGGAUGGUGUUCCCUGGAUUCUGAAGGCCGGGAAGGCCCUUAACGAGCAGAAGACGGAGAUUCGCAUCCAGUUCAAGGAUGUCACGUCGGGCAUUUUCAAGGACAUUCCUCGAAAUGAGCUGGUCAUUCGGGUGCAGCCCAACGAGUCUGUCUAUAUCAAGAUGAACUCCAAGCUUCCCGGCCUUUCGAUGCAGACGGUGGUCACGGAACUCGAUCUGACCUACCGCCGUCGCUUCUCCGACCUCAAGAUCCCCGAAGCAUACGAGUCGUUGAUUCUGGACGCCUUGAAGGGUGACCACUCCAACUUCGUCCGUGACGACGAGCUGGAUGCCAGCUGGAGGAUCUUCACGCCACUCCUGCACUACCUGGAUGACAACAAGGAGAUCAUCCCGAUGGAGUACCCUUACGGUGAGGACCCCCCACCCCCACCCCCAUUUGGCUCUCCCGCUGCAUGGAAGAGAAAUCCCCACUAA